GUUGAGAUAAUAUUUAGUGAAUUGAAAUAUAAAUUGAACAAAUUAUUGUCUUCAAAAUCAUGGAUCGAUACAGCGAAUAAAAAUAGAGCUGUUUCGUGGGUUCAAGAAAUUCGAUAUUCCGAAGCUAAUUUAAAUCUGUUUCGUGAGAGGACGUAUAUAUACCGAGAUGUAAUUUUAUUGGUAAGUUCAUCAUGCAGGAAAUUUUUUUUUCGGCAUUCUGAUGAUGGUUUAUCGUGCCAAAAGUGUAAUUUGUUUUGA